AUGAAUGUAUCUCUGAACACGACAUCGCUAACUCCACAGCACGAGGGACUGAUGAAGCAGACAGUUCCCGUCAUCGUGUUGUUUGUCCUUUCUUAUACCCUCAUAUUUCUGUUCUGUAUGAUCGGGAACACGUUGGUCUGCCUCGUGGUAGUAAAAUUACCGAGGAUGCAAAAUGUGACCAACUAUUUCAUCUUGAACUUGGCUGUAGCGGACCUUCUUGUCGCUGUAUUCUGUAUGCCUUUUACGUUGGUGGACAACAUCGUCUAUGGGUGGCCGUUCGGAGUUGUCAUGUGUAAGUUAUCCGCCGCCACCACGGUGAUUUCUGUUGUUGCCUCCGUCCUUACACUUGUGGCCAUCGCAGUAGACAGAUACUGUGCUGUUGUCCACCCAACUAAAGACAUCAUCACCCUGCCUCGCAUGGUCCAGUCUAUCGCCAUAAUCUGGCUGUUGGCCAUCCUCAUUGCUCUUCCAGUGAUCUUCGUCAAACGAGAAGAACCCUAUAACCCCCCACUCUGUACAGAAGAGUGGCCUAGCUACGGCUCCUGGUCUUCUCGAGAUUUCCAAAAGAUGUUUAGCCUCACGCUAUUCGUGUUUUCCUUUGUCGGUCCCUUACUGAUCAUCACUAUUCUGUACAUGCGAAUAGCAUAUCGAAUAUGGUUCCGAAAAGCACCGGGCGAUGAGAGAAACGUGUCCGAACAGGCUAGAGAAACGGCCACAAAGAAAAAGGUCAAGGUCAUUAAGAUGUUGAUCGUUGUAGUGGUUGUGUUCGCACUGUCAUGGCUGCCGCUACACACACUCAUAUUGGUCGACGACGCCAUGCCUUACUCCGUGGACUCUGUUUACUCGGUCGUUGUUCACGGUUACUGCUUUCCCGUGGCCCACUGGUUGUCUUAUUUUAAUAGUUGUGUCAAUCCAAUUAUAUAUGGUUACUUCAAUCAUAAUUUUCGCACAGGGUUUAAAGCUAUCCUGAUACGUUCCGCACGCAAUCGGGCAUCUAUCCCCCGUCGUCUAUAA